AUGCGGCAGCGCGGGGGGCUCGGCGGGAGCGCCGGGCGGCGGGGGGGCGGUGGCCCGCGGCUCCUCGGCCCGCGACACCUGCUCGGGCUCGUACUUCUGCUGUGGCCUCUCGUGGGCAGCGGCGAGGCGGCUCCGCUGCCGCCAGCAGGUGCAGGAGAAGGAGCUACAGCUGAAGUUCCCUCCUCUUUUGUGGUUCUGUCUCUGUGCACUCUGGUAGUCCUGGUCAUUCUGCUGGCAAACUGUGUCUCCUGCUGUAAAGACCCCGAGAUAGAUUUCAAGGAAUUUGAAGAUAACUUUGAUGAUGAAAUAGAUUUUACACCUCCAGCAGAAGAUACUCCAUCUGUUCAGUCUCCAGCAGAAGUGUUUACUCUUUCAGUUCCCAAUAUUGUUUUACCAACUCCCUCCCAGUUUCCAUCUCGUACAGAUGGAUCAAAGUCUCAAGUUGCACGUCAGAGUCUAAACUACAUCCAGGAAAUUGGAAACGGCUGGUUUGGAAAGGUUCUCCUUGGAGAGAUCUACGCAGGUUCUAGUGUAGCAAGGGUAAUAGUGAAGGAGUUAAAGGCAAGUGCAGGUGCCAAGGAGCAAGAACAAUUCUUAAGAAAUGGAGAACCAUAUUACAUUCUUCAGCAUCCAAAUGUUCUCCAGUGUAUUGGGCAAUGUGUGGAAGCCAUUCCUUAUCUCCUAGUUUUUGAGUUCUGUGACUUGGGUGACCUGAAAACUUAUAUCUGCAAUGAGCAGGAGCACAUUAAAGGAGAGUCUCAGAUAAUGCUGCUCCAGAGGAUGGCGUGUGAGAUUGCUGCUGGCCUCGCUGUGAUGCACAAACACAACUUUGUGCACAGUGACUUGGCCUUACGGAAUUGCUUCCUGACAUCGGAUUUAAAUGUCAAAGUAGGAGAUUACGGUAUAGGAUUCAGUAGGUAUAAGGAAGAUUAUAUUGAGACAGAUGAGAAGAAACUUGUUCCUCUACGAUGGACUGCACCUGAGUUAGUAACAAGUUUUCAAGACAGACUGUUAUCAGCAGAGCAAAAUAAAUACAGUAACAUAUGGUCCCUGGGUGUGACACUGUGGGAGCUGUUUGAGAAUGGUGCUCGGCCUUACUCAGACUUCUCUGACAGGGAAGUCCUAACCCAUGUCAUCAAGGAGAAGCAGGUUAAGCCCUUCAAGCCACGUCUGGAGCAGCCAUACUCUGACAGAUGGUAUGAAGUUCUGCAGUUCUGUUGGCUGCCUCCAGAAAAGAGACCGACAGCAGAAGAAGUGCACAGACUUUUAACUUACCUCCGCAUGCAAAGCCAAAGGGACUCAGAGAUUGAUUUUGAGCAGCAGUGGAAUGCUCUGAAACCAAACACCUCAAAUAGAGAAGCAAGUAAUUCUGCAUUCCCAAUCUUGGAUCACUUCACAGGAGAUAGACUUGGCCAUGAGCUGGAGGAAGUUCUGACUGUAACUGAAACAAGCCAUGGUUUGAGCUUUGAAUACAUCUGGGAGGCAGCUAAACAUGAUCACUUUGAUGAAUGUGGACAUGUGAAUCCUGAUGAAGCCAUGACCUACACAAGUAUUUUCUAUCCAGUGGAGGUUUUUGAGAGGUCACUUUCAGAGCAAGGACCAGGAGCACAGGAUGGAAGUGGUCAAGAGGCAUCACUUGCUGUCCCUGGGGUGUUACCUGUGUUUGAUGCACACAAACUUUCUGUUGGAAAUGACUACUAUAUCCAGUUGGAGGAAAAAGGAAGUGGAUGCAACAUGAAUUUUGAUAACCAAUCAGUUGUAUUAACAACAGAAGUUGAUCAUCAAGAAGCUGUACAAGAAAAAAGUUCUCAUUUCACGGUUCUCAGGGAUCUUGAUGUUGAAGAGUCUAGUACCGAUGGGGACUUCUUCCACUAUAAUACAGAUCCUAAAGAGGAAUUUUUGCCUGCUACUGGUAGUCCAGAAAGUCCUUUCCAGAGUAUAUUUAAUGACAUUGAGAGAUCAGAAGAACUGACAAAAAGAAAAAUGCUUGGGUUUGCUGAUGAUUCUCCUAAAGACGUUAAACCAGCUGUUUUGAACUCAAACACAGAUGCUAGAAAGGCAGUAGGCUGUUCUGAGAAGGAGUAUUCUAGGCAUGCUUCUGAAAAUGAAACGGUUUCCUUAUGUGAAAAUAUCUCUAACCAGUCAGACCUGGUAACUUUGGAAGAACUUUCUGAUAACUUCUUAUUUCUUCAAGAGAAAAACUUAUUAACAGGGUUAUUGCCUAACAAAACCAGCAGUGAUUUUGGGCAAAACUCAGAUGAUGUUCUAAAAAGUAUAUUAGAAACCUCAAAAAGAAACUCUGUAGAGCCUGAGCCUGUGCUGGCUGAAAAUGCACAGGUCUUUUCUUUAAUACAUGAGAGUCUUAGAACAGUGAAAGAUGAAAAUUUUAACCCAGUGACAAUGAAUAAAGAUCCCAGUUCCCAGUCUCAGACUCCUGUAGAGAUGCAGGCAUCCUCUAGUCCUCCCACAGCAUAUAAUUCAUGUGAUAACUGUGCAAAUCUUCCUAUUUUGAGGGAUGAGGGGAAAUUUCUAAAUGUAGAAGUGAAUGAAGUCAUGUCCUGUAACACUGAUGUUCUCUGUCAAGAAGAGCUAUCUUAUCAUGCCAAAAAUAAUAAUGUUGGAAACAGUCCAUCUUACAGUGUUGCUGUUGAAACAAAUGAGUGUGAUGCACAGAUGAAACAGGAAAUGCUUUUCAAGUCUGAUGAAAUAACUUUUAAAAGAGAAAAAUGUAGUGAUCAGGAAGAUAGGAAAAGAAACUUGCAAGAUAGUUCUCCCAUACUAAAAAAAAAAGAAUGUUUAUUGGAGGAAAUACAAGAAACAGCAAAUCAUUUUGAGAACUGUAAGAAUGUUCCAGAAGAAGUGACCUCAAUCUCUGUUGCUGCUUCAGAUUGUACAAGUCAGGAUAGUCUUUUGGAAGAUAGCCCAUCUCCUAUACAGACUGUAGAACAAGCAUUAGAGACACCUGAUUCUUUGGAUUCUUUAGAUGUAAAUGAAGUUUUAGAAUCUUUACAGGCUCAAAGUCCUCAGAAACUUUUACCACCAGAUAAACCUGCUGACAGUGGCUAUGAAACAGAAAACCUGGAAUCUCCAGAAUGGACUUCCCAUGUCCCUGUUGAGGAUGCUUCCAGUGUGGAUACUGCUCUGUGUGUCGUGAGUGAGAACAGUGUCAGUGCUUUGCCUUCUAAUCCAGUCAUCAUUGUGUCAGAAGCAGCAGCUUGUCUGGAUGCAGUGAACAGCAAUUUUGAAAUAACCCCAGUGGUUUUUCUGAGUGGAAAUCAAAACUCUUACAGAGACUCAGCCUAUUUUUCUGAUAAUGAUUCUGAGCCAGAUAAAAAAACAGAAGAGUCUGUAAAUCUGUCCAGAGAGGCUGUGUGUGUUUCCUCCAACAGAGGAGAGAAUCACACUGAAGAGGUUUGUGGUUUUGAAGAGAGACAGCAAACGUGUGAUGUGAGGAAUUACCAGGGUGAUGAUAAUCAAAACUCGAAACUGGAACUAAACCACAAUUUAGAGAUCCAAGAGAUGGAUGAAAGGAUGCAGGGCUGUCCUGAUGAGUGGGCUGAGGCAACUCUGACUUCUCUGGAAAUAGUGAUGGAAGGUAACCUGAGGGAUGAAAUACAACUAUCUGAGACUUCCCAUAAAAGUGUCUCUUGUGUUGGCACUAACACUUCAGAACUCCUUUCACACAGAGACUUAAAGCCUGUGCACAACAUGGCUUUAGAUCUGAGUAACAGUGAGAAGUCCUUCUAUCACAUGGAAGGACAAAAACUGAAAGAACCAGAUAUUGAAGGAAAAUACCUCGGCAAACUCAGCGUGUCUGGAAUGCUUGAUUUAGAAGAUGGUGAUGAUGCAGAUGAGGAAGAUGAAAACAGUGAUUCUGAGGAUGACAUGAGGACUUUUCAUAUGCAUAGUCUGAGUUCUGACAGUGAAGAUGAAACUGUUCAUCAAGUACCUGAGAUAGUUACUGACAAAGAUGAUGGAAGACACUUGAGAAGCUUGUUGAAACUUCCAAAACCUCUUAACGAAAGGCCUGAACUUUGGAAAGAUGAGAAAAAGGCUGUAACGUUCUUUGAUGAUGUGACAGUCUAUUUGUUUGAUCAGGAGACACCAACGAAGGAGCUGGGAAGUCGUGGGAUAGACGUGAAUGGGGAAGGUGCUGGCAGCUCUCCUGUUCCAUCUUCCAGUCCUGGUUACUUAAACAGAUUUGCAAAUUCAGAAAGCUCAACAGAUGAAGAAGGUGGGGGUUUUGAGUGGGAUGAUGACUUCUCUUCUCCAGAGCCAUCCUUUAUAUCCAAGGCAGCUAACAGUCUCAUUGGUUCUAAAGCACCCCUUCAGCCAUCAAAGUACUUCUCUCCACCUCCACCUUCCCGGACUCUUGAUCAGAACUGGUCACAUUCAUCCCCUUAUUCCAGAUUCUCCAUCUCUCCUGCAAACAUGGCAAGCUUUUCUCUUACACAUCUUACAGAUUCAGAUAUAGAGCAAGGAGGAAGCAGUGAAGAUGGAGAAAAAGAUUAAAUCAAUUUAAACUUGCUCGGACUCCAUACAUAAAACACAUAGACUUUGUGUUUGAAACUUCUUUAUCUAAACUCUGGAUCCUCCUGGAGUAACACAGGUAAUCAAGAAGUACUGAGAAAUGGAAGUAAACACUGAAAGCAAUGUUAAAUCAGGACAUUAAUUUGAAUGUGUAUUUAACUUUGUAAUGUAUUUUUAAAUCAGUGCAAUUUUGCUUUUCAUUGAAAGACGAUUCUGCCGCUGUUUUCAAGUACUUGAAGUAUUUUUCAGAUAACUUAAACAAGUAAAGCAAUUACACUACAGUCUGGUUUAUGUAUGAGAUUGUAUAAUAUUCUUUUUAUAUUUUUCCAUGUAGUUCAUUAUCUAUUUGAACAUACACCUGUUGUAGAAUUGUGUAUAACUGUCCUGUGCAACAGGUGGCUGUGUUGAUGGAACUGUAUGAAUGAUAGUUGAUCAGUAGUGAGCCAUAUUUAUUCAAAAAGAUAUCACUACAUAUUACUUUGCUUAUUACAAUUGCACUAUGGAUUAUUCUUCCUUUAUUUCCUGAUGAUGUACAGAAUCAAAAUCUUAAAUCUUUCAAGGAAAAUAAGACAAGUUGAAUUGGCCCAGUUAUCCAGUUUAAUUUGUCCUUUUUGUAGCCUUUGCUAUGCACGGUACUUGUAAAGCAUACAUAAAUUCUGAGUAUUAUGUUAGACUUGCUGAAAUCUUAUAUUCAGUACCAUUUCUAAAAUGAUAAUGGUUAUAGAAUGGUUGUUAGUGUUUAUGUUUUAUAGGAAACUGGAAAAGAAUAUAUGAUAUACUCUGGAAUUUUUAGAUGAAAGAGAUACUGUCUCAAUUCCUAUGUAUGAUCCUACUGACUGCUUAAACUGUAAUAGCAUCUGACUAUAUCACAAUUAAGGGCCUUCCACUUUUUACUACAAUUUCUGCCUUGGAGAAAGAAGAGGAAAAAUUGGCUGUACAAAACUCUGGAAUUUGUAAAUCUUAUAAAAAGACUAAUUUCAAUAGACUGGAUUUGGGUACACUUGGCCCUUCAGUUGCACAUUCUGUGAAUUUUGAAGCUCACUCUGCUGCUGACUGCAGAUCGGGGCUCCAUUCAGAGGCCUGUGGUAAAUCUACCUCUCGGUGAUGUUGUGACAAUUCAGAUUCUGAUUAAUGGUUAAUGCCCAGUUUUGCACCUGUUAUAGGGCCAGAUCCAUUUCAAGAUGUCUGCAGAGCUCCAUGGUCCAUCUUGAAAUGCAUCUUGGACAAAGGCUGCAGUACAAUAGGUUUGCUCUGAAGCCUGUGGGGAAGGGAAGACAGUAUGAGGGCUUAACCUUCCUGCUCUACCAUGCAUUUAGCUGAUUUAAUCCUCUAAACUGCUCAGAAAAAGAUAUCCUUAAUUAUUACUCCAAAGUGAGUUCAGUUGAGAAACAAAUCCCUGACUUCUUGGAAUGCCUUAUGAAGUUCAGAGCUGUAGGAAACACUGAUAGGAACA